CAGGGAAGCUCCAAUCUGUGAUAUAUUACAAAUUUCACACCUCUCGUUUACUCUCUCUCUACCUAAAAAUCGCUGUCUUUCAGUCUCUGAACCCCCAUCACCACCGCUCCUCCCAUGUCUUCUUCCUAUAACCUGUCAACCAUGAUAGAGUUAUAUGGGAGUCAGUCCAUAUAAUCCAUAACCCCACCCUCCUCUCUCCCUCUUAUUAGGCCCCUUAACCCUUCUCCCAGAAUCCAAGUCAAGUGCAUGAACGAUUUUUAGCAUUGACAUGGCCUUCCCUCCUCAUGCUUUCAUGUUCCAACCCCAUGAAGAUCACAAUGACCAUCUCCCUUCCCCUACUUCCCUGCUUCCUUCUUGCCCUCCUCAGCUCUUCCAUGGUGGUGCACCUUUUAUGGUGAAGAGAUCAGUAUCUUUCUCAGGGGUUGACAAGUCUGAGGAAGUUCAUGGAGAUGAUGAGUUGUCGGAUGAUGGAUCAAAUCUUGGGGAGAAGAAGAAGAGGCUCAACUUGGAACAAGUGAAGGCACUGGAGAAGAGUUUUGAGUUGGGUAACAAGCUUGAACCUGAGAGGAAAAUGCAGCUGGCUAAGGCUUUGGGGUUACAACCAAGGCAGAUAGCUAUAUGGUUUCAAAACAGGAGGGCUAGGUGGAAAACCAAGCAAUUGGAGAAAGAUUAUGAUGUCUUGAAAAAAAAGUUUGAAGCACUCAAGGCUGACAAUGAUGCCCUUCAAGCACAAAACAAGAAACUUAGUGCCCAGUUAUUGUCUUUGAAAACCAAAGAUUCAAACGAAAUCAGCAUCAAGAAAGAAAAUGAGGGUUCAUGGAGCGAUGGAAGCGAUAACAGUUGUGAUGUGAACUUAGAUAUCUCAAGAACAACAGUUAUAAACGGCACGCCGUCUUCACAGUUGAGCAGUAAACAUCUCUUCCCUUCAUCCAUCAGGCCAGCAAGCAUGACUCAACUUCUCCAAGGCUCAUCAAGACCAGACCUUCAAUGCCCAAAACUUGAUCAAGUGGUUCAAGAAGAGAGCUUUUGCCAUAUGUUCAAUGGAGUAGAUGAGCAGCAAGGUUUCUGGCCAUGGGGUGAGCAACAAAAUUUCCAUUGAAGUAAGACCAAUUGUCCAACAAAUACCACUACUGAAGUACCACACUGUUGUUAUGCACUUCAGCUUUGGCUAAGCAAGUUGAGAAGAAAAUUAGGAAUUUUCCUGUCAACUUCAGAUUCUUGUUUUGGCUGUAGAUUGGUGUAUAGAAUUGGACAUAUUCGUUUCAACAUCAUUUGGGCAGAAAAUAAAUAUGGAGGGAUGGUUGGCUCUGAAUAAUACAUUUUUCUUCCCAUGCUUUAGUGAAUUGUGAUAUUUUUGCUAGGUUGGGUCAUAGUAGAGAAAAAAAAAGGGAAAUUUAGUUAAGGUACAUGCGCCACUGAGUGGUUUUCCAGCUCUGGCAUGGAGCAUGGGCCAUGAAAUAAAAAGGGAUUCUCUCCUUGAUUGUUUUUUCAUUUUUUAAUUGUUGUUGGUGCUUGGGAAUCAUAUGGGUUUGCUACACAAUCAACAUUUAAAAAAUUUCAUGGAAUUGCUUUGAAGAAAGUUCAUGUAAUGAGAAGCAAAUUGGCUGACUUCAUAUAAAUCAGUGAUGAGAUUAAAAGGGUGUUGGUAGAGUUAAUGAAAACAUCAAGAUAGGCCAGAAAAAAGGAGAGGAAGAUUCUGAGCACACAUUCCAAGGGGAAAGAAGCCAAGGAGAUAGGAAAAAAGAAAACGAAUUGAGGGUUAGGAAAUGGACAUUGCUUUGGUUUUUGAAGG